AUGGGUCGGAAUGGCGGGACCCAACAACCUGUUCUCAUGAACACCAUCGGCACCGGCAUGAAGCCGGGACAGCAGAAGGAGCUCCUGGGAAGGAUUCGAAAAGCAAGGCAUGCCGCCGAAACAGAGUGCACCAUGUAUGAGGACAACACCAACUACAAGGACAGGCCUGAAGAACUGGCCGAGAGACGUGCUUUGGAGAGGCCUGUUGUUGAAGAAGCCAUGCAGUGGUGUCGAAUGCAGCACCAAGCAGGACGCUACUGUCUCAUAGAGAAUCCUCAGACUAGCCGUUUGUGGGAUGAGGAAAGUGUCCAAUCCAUGCUGCAAGACACCGGAGGACAGACAGUCACCUGUCAGUCAGGGGCUUAUGGAGCUAUGAACUCGAAAGGCAAUCCCAUCCGUAAGACCUUUCGUUUUGCUUCCAACAACAAGGACAUUCUCACCUUCCUCCAGGACAAGCUCUCAGCAGAAGAGUUGAAGUUGUGCGUGCCACUUGAGGGAAAAGAAACCACACUCUCGCAGGAGUACCCUCAACGCCUGAUCACCUCUAUCCUCAAGGGUGUUCGAUAUGUGGUCAGGCAGCGCAAUCCGACACGCUUCAACCUCAAGAAGGUUUAUCCAGCCAGUGUUGGACCAGAAGCCAUGGCAAGACGUGAUCGCCCAAGUCAUGUGCUCAAGUUUGUGGGAAGAGAAGACCUUUCCAUCAUGGCGGAGGACCUAGCCGACAUCCAUUUCCCACGGGGUAGAUUCGAAGCUCCAGUGGAACUGGCAAUCUUCUUCUACGGCUAUCCCAGCUUGUCUGAUGAGCAUCUUGGCAUUCCAGGAGAGGAAGCAGCCUUACAUGACCAAGAGCCACAACAAGCAGAGCACCGCCAGAAUCCCACCAAGGAGAUCUUCCACGAUGAGAUCUUCUUCCCAAACACCCCUGGCAUCGAUCGCACCAUCAAAGCGUCAGUUGCCAGGAUGCACAAGAACAUGGGACAUUUGCCGCCCAAUGAGACGAUCAAGCUGUUUUGUUUGAACGGCAUUACCAGUGACCAGGUGAUCAAGUGCACCAAGGCUAUGACUUGUUCGGCCUGCGAACAAGCAAAGCCUCCCAAGCCGCCAAACCCAGCUUCAUCACAUCCCCAGUACUUGGGACAAUUCGCAGACAAUUUGCAAGCAGACAUCUUCUACCUCAGAGAUGCCACAUCCAGGAACCAUCCAGUCCUUGGCAUCAUAUGUGAAGCCACACAUCUUCACGCAGCAAUCAGGCUGGACUCCAGACAGCCGAUCCACCUACCUCAGGCCUUCCGCAAUGCCUGGGUGAGAAACUUUGGAUUCCCGCUGAGACUUUCAGUGGAUGAUGAUGGCGCAUUCAAGUCCAACUUCAUGGACUACUGCGAUGAAGGAGGAGUCUUUUUGGACUUCAUCCCUCCGGAAGCUCACUUCAAGCUGGGCACCAUAGAGCGCCACAACGGCACACUUCGAAUGCUGCUGGAAAAGAUCGUUGACUCAACCCCAUGCAGCACACCAGAGGACCUAGACAAUGCAAUCGUCUCGGCCCUAUACUCCAAGAACUCAGCAACCUGGACUUCAGGUCGCCCUCCAUUCAUCGCUGCCUUCGGAAAGAUCCCAAGGGUAGGACUUGACUUCAUCAACGACCCAAGAGCUUUGAUCGCAGGUUCUUCGAGGUCUGAAGCACAGCAACAGGCCGCAAUGAUGAGAUGUGAGGCCUACAAGGCCCUGGCCGAAGCAUCCUCCACCCUCAGACGUGCACUGCUGAGGAAGACCAAUCAGCAGCCUGCUGAACCACCAGAACCUGGGUCGCUCUUGGCCUACUGGAGAUGGACGGUCAGAAGCCACAGAAAACGAGGUGGCUACCGCAUUGCAAGAUACUUGGGCAAAGAUCCAGACAACAGCAGUUACUGGAUUCAGUCCGGGAGCCAGACCAUCAAAGUGGCGCCAAAUCAAGUGCGCAAUGUUUUUGGGUAUGAGGAAUAUGUCCCAACCUGUGAAGAUGUCAAAGCACUCAAAGCUGCAGAAGACAACAUCCGCAGCGACCUUUGGCAGGACCAUCGACUACCUCCAGAGGCAGAGCCACCAUUGCCCGAUGAGGAGCCAGAGAUCCCGCCAGAAGAUGCAGCAGCCUUUGAAUUGGCUGAUGCAGAUUUUCCGUCAGUGGAUGCACCGCUGACAACACCUGAGGUUCAUGAACCACCGCCGCAUGAACCCCUUGUUUUGCCGCUGCCCAAGAAGAGACCAGCAGUCGCAGAAGAACCAGAUCCAUCGGAUCAUCCAGGACAGCCUUUGGAACCACAGACACCACAGACUGUCAUACACAUGCAUCAGAACAUUACCCAAAAUGUUUUUGGCAGAAAGGCUGACAGCACCUCAUUGGUUCCUGUUCCAGCCCCAUUCACGCCAAGCAGACGUGUUCGACCAGCCAGGUCACGGACAACCACAUCAGUUCGAAGAGCUGAAAGGACGGCCACGCUGACCGAUCCUUACAUGCCACCUGAGGCACUGGCGAUCCAAGAUCAAAGAGAGUCUUUUGACCCUUCGCAACCUUCAGCACCACAUCCAGGUGAUGGUGAGAGCGCGCCUAACAAUGCGGCUGGGUGGCUCACACCGCAUGGCCUUGAUCCAUCACCGCCUCAAGCGCUACCAGACCAGCCAUCGACCUCACAGGUGAUGAUGAUGAUGGACAGCCAGACUUGUCCAGAAUAG